UUUUACACUGAACUAGGCUACAUAGCAUAGUACCAGCGAAAACGACCGACCGUCGCCCUGAACACUAUCCAGUUAGGACAAGACAAUCAGAACCAUGUGUGGGAUCUUUGCCUACCUGAAUUACUGUGUGCCUCGCACCAGAAAGGAGAUAUUUGAGACACUGGUGAAGGGACUGCAGAGGCUGGAGUACAGAGGCUACGAUUCAGCAGGCAUCGCUGUGGAUGGUGACAAAAACACAAUGACAGAUGACAUCAACAACAACAUCGUUCUCAUUAAGAAGAAAGGCAAAGUCAAGGCCCUGAAUGAAGAGCUCUACAAGAAAGACUGCAUGGAUCUGGAGGCGGAGUUGGACACACACUUUGGCAUGGCUCACACACGCUGGGCCACACACGGAGAACCCAGCGCCCUCAACAGCCAUCCCCACCGCUCCGACAAGAACAAUGAGUUUGUUGUCAUCCACAACGGCAUCAUCACCAACUACAAAGAGUUAAAGAAGUACCUGAACUCCAAGGGCUAUGAGUUUGAGUCAGAGACCGACACAGAGGUCAUCCCUAAACUGAUCAAAUACGUUUACGACAACCGAGAGAGAGAAGACCUGUCCUUCUCUACGCUGGUGGAGAGAGUCAUUCAACAGCUGGAGGGGGCCUUCGCUCUGAUGUUUAAAAGCCGUUAUUUCCCCGGAGAGGCGGUAGCCACCAGGAGAGGAAGUCCUCUUCUCAUUGGUGUGCGGAGCAAGGAUGAGCUGCCUACAGAGCACAUUCCAAUCCAGUACAACACUGUAGCUAUGUUCAAAGAGGGGGUCAAGGAGAAGAACAGCCAUAACCGGUCAGACAACUCCACUGCUGUGAAUUCUGUUGGAGACAGCAAGGCUGUGGAGUACUACUUUGCUUCUGAUGCUAGUGCCAUCAUAGAGCACACCAACAAGGUGAUCUACCUGGAGGAUGAUGACAUAGCAGCGGUUGUAGGGGGGAAGCUGUCCCUCCACAGGCUGAACCGCCUGGCAGGAGAGGAUCCUGUCCGGGCCAUCCAGACCCUCCAGAUGGAAUUGCAGGAGAUCAUGAAAGGUAACUUUGAGGCAUUCAUGCAAAAGGAGAUCUUUGAGCAGCCAGAGUCUGUGUUUAACACCAUGAGGGGGCGGAUCUGCUUCGACACCAACAAAGUGAUCCUGGGGGGAUUGAAGGACCACCUGAAGGAGAUCAAACGCUGCAGACGCCUCAUCAUGAUUGGCUGUGGAACCAGCUUCCAUGCUGCCGUGGCUACCAGACAGAUUCUGGAGGAGCUGACAGAGCUUCCUGUCAUGGUGGAGCUGGCUAGCGACUUCCUGGACCGCAACACGCCUGUCUUCAGAGACGACGUCUGCUUCUACAUCAGCCAAUCAGGUGAGACAGCAGACACCCUGAUGGCUCUGAGGUACUGUAAGGAGAAAGGAGCUCUGACGGUGGGGAUCACCAACACCGUGGGCUCCUCCAUCUCCAGAGACACAGACUGUGGGGUGCACAUCAACGCUGGCCCAGAGAUAGGGGUUGCCAGCACCAAGGCCUACACCAGCCAGUUUGCGGCUCUCAUUAUGUUUGGUCUGAUGAUGAGUGAGGACAGGAUCUCCCUGCAGGCGAGAAGGCUGGAGAUCAUCAAUGGACUCAGGAUACUCCCAGAGUUGAUCAAGAAGGUGUUGACUCUGGAUAAGAAGAUCAAGUCCAUAGCAGAUGAGCUGUAUGAACAGAAGUCUCUGCUGGUCAUGGGGCGAGGCUUCAACUACGCUACCUGUCUGGAGGGGGCACUGAAAAUCAAGGAAAUCACGUACAUGCAUUCAGAGGGCAUCCUGGCUGGGGAGCUGAAGCACGGUCCUCUGGCUCUGAUUGACAAGCACAUGCCGGUCAUCAUGAUCAUGAUGAGAGACGCCUGCUACACCAAGUGUCAGAACGCACUGCAGCAAGUCACAGCCAGAUCGGGGCGGCCGAUUAUCCUAUGUUGCCAGGAUGACCCAGAGGUGUCUAAGAAUGCGUACAAGACCAUUGAGCUGCCUCAGACAGUGGACUGUCUCCAGGGCAUCCUCAGUGUCAUCCCACUGCAACUCCUGUCCUUUCACCUGGCCGUGCUGCGAGGAUACGACGUGGACUGUCCCAGGAACCUGGCCAAGUCUGUCACAGUGGAGUAGAACCAGACAGACAGGCAGGAAGCAGUAGAGGCCACAGCACUGCUCUGCUGAGGAGAGAGACAGAGGAGGCGAAGCCAUCAAAGUGCAAUUAUGUGUGUUUGUGUGUGUUUUUGGUUUCACUAUCCUUGUGGGGACUAGAAGUUCUCACAAGGAUAGUAAAACA